GAGUCCACCCUUGGCCCCGUGCACCCGUCUCCUUCCCUUCCUCUUCCUACUCCCCCAGAUCCCACUGCUCCCCAGAUCCACGCCGCUGCCCUCGGCCCCAGAUCCGCCGCCGGCGUCCGCGGCGCCAUGGCGUGCCUCGCCAUCUCCCUGCAGCCGGUGAACGGCCCGGACAUCCUCCUCCAGACCCGGUCCUGGUUCCCCGUCUCCCGCGCCCUCGCCGCCGUCUCCGCUUUCCGCCUCGCGCGCCUCCACCUCGCCCGCGGCAAGCAGCAGUCCGCCGCCGCCGCCGCCGCCUCCUCCUCCGCCUCGCUCGACGCCAUCGGCGACGACCCGCUCGCCGCCGGAUCGGGCCAGCUUGUCGUCGGCGUCGAGUCGCAGUACCGCGUCGUGUACCGCCUCGUCAACUCCAUCUACGUGCUCGGCGUCACCACCGCGGGCUCCGACCACGCCGCCCCCGCCGUCCACGCCUUCGCCGUCGCCGACGCCGUCAACCAGGCCGUCUCCGUCGUCGUCGCCGCCUGCCGCGGCGUCGACGUCACCCCCGAGAAGGUGCACCGCAAGUACCCAGAGGUGUACCUCGCGCUCGACCUCGUCCUCCACGGCGUCGGCUCCGUCCGCCUCUCCCAGAUCCUCGCCACCAUCCAUGGCGACAACCUCGCGCGCAUGGUCAACUCCUCCCCCGACGCCGAAGCCCGAGCCCGUGGCGCGGAUUCCUGGCCUACUGUCGAGCACCUCGCGCAGGAUCGCCACGCCGCGAGGGAGGGCUUCUCGGGCGCCUCAUUCGAGCUUCCCCAGGAGACACUUGCUGCUGGUGACGAGUUCUCGUCUAACAUUGCUCCUGCGACCACAGUUGCUACUGGGGAUGAGCCACCACCUGAGGAGGCGGCUCCUGUGGAGAAGGAUCCCUUCGCGGCCAGCGACCUGAUUAACAACAAGCCAGAGGAGGCAUUGGUUGGUGGGUUCAAGAAGAACAAGGAGACUGCCCUCGUGGUUGCUGAUCCUGCAGCUGCACUUGCUGGGUUGGAGGUGACAACUUUGCCGCCAGCUGAGGCAACUAAGCCGACAUUUAUUGGAGUUGAAGGGUUUGAGGGUGACUAUGGUGGAAUUGAGUUUGGCAACGAGGAGGCUUCACUUGCUGAGGCGUUUGAAGGGUUCAAUGCGCCAUUUGGUGGUGGGCUGGAUGCUUCUGAGUUUGUUACCACGACGAAGAAGGAUCAUAAGGACAGGGCCAUAACUGGUCUUGAGCUAUUAGCAACCAGUGGGCAGCCACCGAAUGCAGCUACUGGUAUUCCAUUGGAGAAUCUGUUGGUGACAAAGCGCACAGAAAUGACCGCUCCUGAGUUGUUCAUUGCAGAGGAGAUCAAUGCAGAAUUCAAGGAGUCUAUUCUUGUGCGGGUUGGUUUGAAGGGUACAAUCUUCCUCCGAACCUUGCCAUUGAACAAGGCAGCGGGGAAGGAGACAGAGUUCUCAUUCCGUCUUGAGGGCACAUUAGGAAUGAAGAGGGCCGCAUUGCAGAGUAAUGUCUUGAGUAACCUUCAGAAUGGGCUAUUCCAUGUCAGAACUGUGUCAAAGGAGGAGCCCAUUCCCCUUAUGAAGUACAGCUUCCUGCCGAAGCACUCGCCUCUACCUUUGAGGAUGCGCCUUGUGAAGCGCCAUAGUGGGACAUUGCUCUCAGUGAUGAUACAGUAUGCAUCCAACCCAAUGCUGCCGCAGCCGCUGAGCAAUGUAACCUUCAUUGUUAAGCUUCCUGUGGACCCCACUCUGCUCAAUGUUUCACCCAAGGCUGUGCUGAACCGGGCGGAGAGGGAGCUGAGAUGGCACAUUUCAGACAUUCCCCUGAAAGGUCCAGCUGGAAGGCUCAGGGCACGAAUGCCUGUUGAUCAAGAUUCCAAGGAUGGUGAGCUAGAGGUCGUAGGGAUGGUGAAGUUUGCUUACCAAGGGCCAUUUACAUUGUCUGGCAUCAAACUACGUCCAGCCACCGAUGGCAUUGCCCAAUUUAAUGAAGUUGGGCAUACCUUUUCCAGUGGGAGUUACCUGUGCGUCUGAUAGGUACCUUCUUGUAUUGUAGGUGCUUCUUUACCUGUUUCUUUACAUUUGUUUGGUGUGAAAAUGCUAUUGUAUGUAGCAAAUUGUGUUUGUUUUUGUGAGGGCUGAAAUUCCAUCAUGUUUUGAGUUAUCUUUUGUUCUUGAUACAUCAACUGUGAUUACUGAUUACUCAUGAAAGCUACUUAAUAUUCAUAUGAAGAAACAUUGUGCUGCUAUUUUGAAUUA